AUGUCAUCACCCGCUCAUAUCGUCGACCCAGGCGAGGGGCCGGCGUAUAAGUUACCCGGGUCUCUCCCUCCUGGCUGGGAGCCUGUCAGGGCAUUUGGUCUGGAACAUGAAUACGCCGAAACCCAGCAUAAUCCCCCACCCGAGGUCGUUUGUUGUGGUCCAGAGGGUGGCGCCCAGAACGUACCAGCAGCGUCACAAGUAGGCGGCGGUGACGGCGCCAACGGAGGGGGUUCCGAACAUGACACGCGUUCAUCUAUCCGGCCUGAUAUCGAGGGUAAUAAAGAACACGGCUUCCACGACACCCCUGAUAUCGAGCCACCGGAGCUGCCAUGGUACCGGACAAUCUCUCGGGGACGGUGGGCCGCCAUCGUUAUCUGCCUCGUCGGCAGCACUGCGGUCGUGCUGGCAAUCCUCGGAGCCAUGAACAGGCUCUCUGGAAACAACAGGUCCGCCACGCCUACAACCAACAAUUCCGAAACACAAACCCAGCUCAUCGCUGACGUGAGUAGCACUUCAUCGGACUCGUCCCACUCCGACGACGAAACAGCCACCACCGCUACAGCCUCGUCCUCGACGUCAACCACAACCGCCGCAAAGCCAACCUCCACGACCAACCCGGCAGCAACAAUGAUAGAUUGCACCAACUCCUCAACCUUCGUCAGCCCAGUGACCUGGAUCGGCGCAGAGCUGGGCUACACUACCCACUUCUCGCCCGACUCGGACGCUGAAUCCUGCUGCAACUCCUGCCUGCACCACGACCCGGGUUGCGCGGGUUGGCUGUACGAUAACACUACGAAGUUCACGCCGUGCACCAAGAUCGUGAUCAAUACCAAGCACGCCGGCCAGGAUGACGACGACGAGACCGAGACGUGCCCGCAGGGAUAUACGGAUAAGACCUAUUUCACCGAGGGCACCAACGGGAAAGGAAGUGUGGCGGGCUUGGGGCCUUGCAGUCGCAUGAUAAAGAUGCAGUGA